UCAUCACGUUGGGUGAGUGUCAACUUCCGCAAAGAAGUCGCCUCGAUGAAGCAGAAAUAAACUGAAGCUAAAGCGGAUAAAACUCUGCAUUUGUUCUCCACGAGGUCGCAUACAUGCAGCUGUUAGGCAUAUCUAACAUAGAUUAAAUAAUAUUAAUAAUAAAAUAUAGAUUAAAUAACUUAAUAGCUGCGGGGUCUCGUAUUUUGUCUGAAUUAAACACUUGGGUAAGCUAAGCUAGUCUAGUCUGGCUUCAGCUGCAAACAUGAUGGCGUCCAGCUACAACGCUAAGGAGGAAGACGGCCAUCAUUCCGGGGCCUCGGGAGCCACUGGGAACGCCGUCCGGAGUAAGAAACCAGACAACACGGCUUUCAAACAGCAGCGUUUACCGGCAUGGCAGCCCAUCCUUACAGCUGGCACGGUGUUACCCGCCUUCUUCGUUAUAGGGCUGAUCUUCAUCCCUAUCGGUAUCGGUCUGUACGUUACCUCCAACAAUAUCAAGGAGUUUGAGAUUGAUUACACAGGAACAGACGCCUCUAGUCCUUGCUACAACUGUUCACAAAGCAGCUGGAACAGCACAAUGCCAUGUAAAUGCUCACUGCCCUUCUCUCUUGAGCAGCCCUUCGAGAGUAAUGUUUUUAUGUACUACGGCCUUUCAAACUUCUACCAAAACCAUCGUCGCUAUGUCAAAUCCAGAGAUGACAGCCAGCUGAACGGGGACACGUCAUCUCUCAAGGAUCCGAGCAAAGAAUGUGAGCCGUACCGCAUGAUUGGAAAAUCACCCAUUGCCCCCUGUGGUGCUAUCGCUAACAGCAUGUUUAAUGACACACUGGAGUUGAUUUAUCUCGAUCCCAAUGGAACCAGGAACAUAAUUCCUCUGGUGAAGAAGGGCAUCGCCUGGUGGACUGAUAAGCAUGUGAAAUUCAGAAACCCUGGUGGCAGUAACUCCAAUCUCACUGCUGUUUUCCAAGGAACUGCGAAACCGGUCAACUGGGGCAAGCCUGUGUACGAGCUGGACACGGAUCCCGAGAACAACGGCUUCAUCAACGAAGACUUUAUCGUGUGGAUGCGGACGGCUGCCCUGCCCACAUUUAGGAAACUCUACCGCAUCAUCCAGAAGAAGAACAACAUGACGCCGACGCUUCCCAGAGGCAACUACACUCUAGAAGUCACUUACAAUUAUCCCGUGCGCAGCUUCGAUGGCCGAAAGCGCAUGAUCCUUAGCACCAUCUCGUGGAUGGGAGGGAAGAACCCGUUCCUGGGCAUCGCUUACAUCACUGUAGGCUCUGUCUGCUUCUUCCUCGGAGUCGUCCUGCUCCUUAUCCACCACAAAUACGGCAACCGCAACAACAGCUCCGACGUUCCCAACUAAAUCCGUGCGAUCGCCUGCAUGCCGUCUCCCACACGCAUGUUGAAGACCAACCACUUCUCUAUUAAGCUUGUCUCGUUGUGUUUGUAUGGAUGUGUGCGCUCGUACCUCUCGGGUAUUUGAGUCUUGUCCUGGGAGUGCAGCAAUGCGGAGCAUUAUGUUUGACAGUUGUUGAAUUAUAUAGAUGUAUUUAUUUUUAAACAGGUUCAUGAUGUACUGUAUUAAAGUCAUGAUUUUUUUUUUUUUUUUUUUUGCCAGUAUUUGUGUUAUAAGGCUUCUAUAAUGAUGUGUAUAUUUGUGGACAGGCUUGCAUAAGUGCGACUAGGUCACUUAAUUACACUGAAUGUACAGAUGGUGUAAGUUUCAGAGCUAAAUUCCUGCCUAAGUGUUGCAGCAUGUGAUCUAGUAGGUCAACAUCUCUAACAGGUUAUAGAGUGUAAAGUUCGUUGUUUGUUUUUUUGUUUUGUUUUUUUUAAGCAAUUUGGGAUCAAAACUAAUUUCUCUAUGUAGGUGCCAUGACCUCACUCAGAGAUAUCUGUAGACCUGUUUGUUAUUUAAAUGCACAUUUUGCUCUGUUGAAAUGCUUUUAAUUGUUUUUUUUUUAAUCUGGCUUUUUGUUUUAUGGCUUGAAUUGUUUGGUGUCAGGGGUUAACAUGUUUUUUGCACUUUAGGCUUGGCACAGCUUUAUAUCCCCCAUUUUGCCCACUUUCAUGGAUGUGUUUGUGUGUUUCCACAGAAAUAAAAUAAGCUGGAAGUGAA